CGGUUGAACAGCAAGGAUGCUCUUGUGGUGGCGUUUCGUUUUUAAUGUAGGUGACACACAUUACACCGGAAAAUGUCGCCUCACUGGGAUAUGGACAUAACCAGAGCUGCCUUUCGGGAUCGCACGAGGGAUUGUAAAUCUUUUAAAGCAGUGUGUCAUUUUGACAUACGUGGUUUUUAAAUCCCGCAAUUUAGGAGGCGAGCGGGGAGAUCACGCAUAUGCUGCGUAGGGUUCGUUUCCUAUGAGUGAGUAUCGCAUAAAUAUUCCCUUAAAGCGUGAGCCGCAAGCCAAACGAUGGAGAAAGGAGUAUUUGCGAUUAAAAUUAGGAACAUUUUCUCUCUUUGCAGAUGUGUGUUUUUUCUAUUUUAGGAUAAGCUGUAGCUGCCUUUGAUAGAUUCCUCAAACAGCUUCACAAAGCAAGCAUAUAACGUUACAUACUACUUGGCGUGUAUGCAGUCGUAUGUAAUUAAGUUAUCAUUAAGUUUUGACUAUUGAUAGCUUUUACUAAAACUGUGAUGUAGCUGGCCCGGACAAUGACAACUGGAUGUAAGGUCCCGAGCUGACAGUUCUAUGUGCUGAGAGGUCGUCUGCUCUCACGCGUAUGUUUUACAAUCAUGUGUGUACAGGCACAGCUACGGCAGAUAUAAAUUAUAUUUCAUUAGUAGGCCUACUACAUACCUGUUCGGUGGGGAGUUUGUACAGUGAGCUAUUAUAAUCGGAAAUGGCAAUGAUGCCAGAUGCUUUUGAAAUGUCGAGACUGAAAAAAUCAAUAUCAACCCUUUUAGUCUGAAUGUGAAUGUAGUCGGCACAGUGAUACCCAUGACAGCGAACUGCGUCAGUGUAGGCGCGCGCUGCAGGUAGCUACUGUAUGCGCUCACCCACUGCUGUAGGGGUAGGACCUUGCUAACAGCAGUCCGGGUACGUCAGCGAUAAGCCUUUGCAUGUUUAAAUUUAUUUUAAGCGUCAGUAGAUAUGGAAUCAGAAGGCGAAUUCAGCGUGGAUCAUCCACUGGGAUACAAGUUUUCUUCUGUCCCUAAUUCAGAAUGUGAACUUAACCUUAAAGCUCAUAUUUAUGAAGCCAUCAGUGACACUAACGUCAACAACAUGGGCACUGCAGCACCACCGAGAGGAGGUAGUGACCCAAGUGUGUAUCCUUCAGCGGGUUACAAGGCAUCGGUUCGUCCAAGGUUUAUUAGGAAGAGUUUGUGGUUUUCCGAUUCUGACGAGCAAAGUUGCGAAGCAGCAGAAUGUGAGAGCGAGCACGGGAAUAUAACCUCCCUCGCAGCUGCACACGGGACAGCGGGAACUCGCGGUGGCUCUGUCGCACUGGAGGGGUCCGGCACAGAGAGUCAAGGUGGGCAAAAAGACAGCGCCACUGAAAGUGUUAGCGCAGACGAGGAGAAAGGGAAGGGUGAAGGUGAGCAGAAGCACAAGGCAACGUUUUCCGAAAAUGCAAAGAAUGCCGACAAAGCAGCAAGCGAUGAGAAUGAAGAGGAGGCCGAGAUGAAAGCCGUCUCCACAUCUCCCGGGGGGAGAUUUCUGAAGUUUGACAUUGAGUUGGGAAGAGGGUCCUUCAAAACAGUCUACAAGGGCCUGGACACUGAUACCUGGGUCGAAGUUGCCUGGUGUGAACUUCAGGAUCGGAAACUGUCCAAAGCGGAGAGGCAGAGGUUUAAGGAGGAGGCCGAGAUGCUGAAAGGCCUGCAGCACCCCAAUAUUGUGCGCUUCUAUGACUUCUGGGAGUCUCUGCUCAGAGGGAAAAAGUGCAUCGUGUUGGUGACAGAGUUAAUGACAUCAGGGACUUUGAAAACGUAUCUGAAGCGGUUCAAGGUGAUGAAACCCAAGGUUCUGCGGAGCUGGUGCAGGCAGAUCCUAAAGGGAUUGCACUUCUUGCACACCAGAGCCCCACCCAUCAUCCACCGUGACCUUAAGUGUGACAACAUCUUCAUCACAGGUCCCACAGGCUCUGUCAAAAUUGGGGACCUGGGGUUGGCCACACUGAAGAGGACCUCCUUUGCCAAGAGUGUUAUCGGCACUCCAGAGUUCAUGGCCCCAGAGAUGUAUGAGGAGCAUUACAACGAGCUGGUGGAUGUGUACGCCUUUGGGAUGUGCAUGCUGGAAAUGGCCACCUCAGAGUACCCGUACUCUGAGUGCCAGAAUGCUGCACAGAUCUACCGCAAAGUCACCAGCGGUGUGAAACCGGCCAGUUACAACAAGGUUACUGAUCCUGAAAUUAAGGAAAUUAUUGGAGAAUGCAUCUGCUACAAAAAAGAGGAAAGGUACUCCAUCCGGGACCUCCUGAACCACGCCUUCUUUGCAGAAGACACAGGUGUGAGGGUGGAGCUGGCUGAAGAUGACGAUGGGCAGAAGUCAUCCAUUGCCUUGAAGUUGUGGGUGGAGGAUCCCAAGAAGCUGAAGGGAAAGUACAGAGACAGUGGCGCCAUCGAGUUCACCUUUGACCUGGAAAAGGAGGUCCCAGAGGACGUAGCGCAGGAGAUGGUGGAGUCUGGACUGUUCAACGAGAGCGAUUCCAAGAUUGUGGGGAAGUCCAUAAGGGACCGGGUGUCUCUGAUCAAGUGGAAGAGGGUGAGGAGGGUUGUGCCGAGUGACAGAGAGGAGCAGAGGAGCGCAGAGGGGACACAGGCGCUGGAGGAUCCCAGAGCCCCACACACCUCCCUGCAGCUCCCAGCUGUCGGGAUGCCCCAGACUGACCCACCCACUCUGUCCGAGCCGGAGGACUCAGAGUCCAGCAAGCGGGCACGGUGCUGCACCCUGCCCAGCAGCGCCACCUCUGACAGAUCAGACAACACCUUUGACAGCGGCCUGGGCUCCACUGUACACUCAGACCCCCACAGCGCCCCCUACCAGUCCCAGCAGGAGUUCUUUCCUGCUGUCCCCUUGUCUGUACAGCAGGUCUGUAGCCCUCCAGCUCAACUAACAGCACACCUGCACCAAGAGGCCUACCACCAGCCUUUAGCCCAGCUGCACCAGGGGGUCUACCCUCAGCCUUCAGCCCAGUUGCAUCAAGAGGCCUACCCCCAGCCUUCAGCCCAGCUACACCAGGGGGCAUACCAGCAACCUCUACCACCUGGUGUCACAAUGGUUCAGAGCCCACCUACAGCCCCCUCCCAACAGACUGCGCAGACCCUCCCAACUGCGGUACCCUCUUCACAGCCCUAUCAACAGACUGCGCAGACCCUCCCAACUGCGGUACCUUCCUCACAACCCUACCAACAGACUGCGCAGACCCUCCCAACUGCGGUACCCUCUUCACAGCCCUAUCAACAGACUGCGCAGACCCUCCCAGCUGCGGUACCCUCUUCACAGCCCUAUCAACAGACUGCGCAGACCCUCCCAGCUGCGGUACCUUCCUCACAGCCCUACCAACAGACUGCGCAGACCCUCCCAACUGCGGUACCCUCUUCACAGCCCUAUCAACAGACUGCGCAGACCCUCCCAGCUGCGGUACCCUCUUCACAGCCCUACCAACAGACUGCGCAAACCCUCCCAACUGCGGUACCCUCUUCACAGCCCUACCAACAGACUGCGCAAACCCUCCCAACUGCGGUACCCUCUUCACAGCCCUACCAACAGACUGCGCAAACCCUCCCAGCUGCAGUAUCCCUUCUGCUCACCCAGCAACUCUCCUCAGAGCAAUCUGCCUCUCACCCUUGCCCAGACAGACAGCCCCUUCUGCAGCAUCUCUACCAAGCACCAUCCCUUCAGCCAGGCCACACCUCCCUGUCACUGACCACACCCAUACAGGCCACUCUUCAGACCUCCGCCACUUCAUCUAAUGUCACACAGCUCUCUGCACCAUACCCUGUUAUUCCAGCAGGAGGAACCCUUGCCGAAUGUGAGGCUGCUCCAGUUCUUUCUGUUCCUGCUGCCCCUGCGCCCUCCUGCUAUCUCCCACCCAAGCAAGCCACUCCCACUGCAGCCGCUGCAGCCCCCUCCCACGCUCCCACCCUGCACACAGGGAGUGCUCCCCCAGCCCCUGCACCUGUGGCCCUGCAGGGCACCGGUUUGCCGUCCUCUGCGCCCCUGCUUGCCGAGGCCCUGCCCAGCAGCUUGACCCCAGUCCCCGUGCUGCCGGGCACAGAGGAUGCUUCCAUGAAGCCUGCCCACAUCCCAGGCUUCCCUGUGAUACAGCCAGCCCCACCCCAGAGCCUGGCCUCUGUACCUGAGCAAGCCCUGCCCCCCCAAACAAACACUCCCUCUGUGCCUGAGCCAUCCCCACCCUCUCAGCCUGAGCCGGCUCCACCCUUUCUUCAGUCUUCUGGACAGGCACUACUGCAGGCUGAGCUCUCUGCGGGACAAUUGGAUCAGAACCAGGAUGCAGCUGUAGCUCUGCAGCCUGCUGGAACCCAGACUGCCACACCCCCUGCCAGUGCCACUCAAACCCUGAGUCAGCUCAGCACCCCGCUCACCACGCCCACCACUGCGCCAACCCUGCCACCCCCAGAGACUGCUGUCAUGGAAUCAGUAGCAGAAAAUCAAGCACUGUUUCACAACUACAGCUAUGACAGCAGUGUGAACUCGGACACUGCCUCAGGCAGAGAGAUGAGUGACAGCGCGGAGGGCACGCCCAGCGGCGGGAAGGGUGAGGGGAAGCUGCGGAAGCACCACCGCAGGUCUGCUCGGACGCGGUCCCGCCAGGAAAAGACCAGCAAGCCCAAACUGAGCAUGCUCAAUGUGUGUGACACCGGAGAUAAAAUGGUCCAGUGCCAGUUAGAGACUCAUAACCACAAGAUGGUGACAUUCAAGUUUGACCUGGAUGGAGACGCUCCAGAGGAAAUUGCCACUUACAUGGUGGAGAACAACUUCAUCCUGUUUGCGGAGAGGGAGAUCUUCAUUGAGCAGCUGAAAGACAUUGUGGACAAGGCAGAGGACAUGCUGAGUGAGGACACUGAGGGAGGGAGGAGCUCAGACCAGGGCACCAGCCCCAAGCAGGGACAAGCUGAAGAGGGUGUGAAGACACUGCUGCCAGAUGCCAACCAGCCUGUUUACCAGCAAAACGUGCUCCAUACUGGUAAGAGGUGGUUCAUCAUUUGCCCUGUGGCGGAAACCCCUGCUGCCCACAAUGAGGAGGACGAGGAGGAAGAGGGCUCACCUGCUACCACUGCAGAUACACAGUCCACUUGUGAUCCCUUGGCUGCACAGUGGUCUGGGAGUGUGGUCAGUUCACUGGGCCCACCCCCUUCAUCCUCUGUAGCGGCACCGCUCACAUCCCCUGCUACACCCCUCCUUCAGCAGGAGGCACCUGCUGCUCUCCUCGGCUCUGCCUCACCUGCCCACGCUGCCCGGCAGGUGGCAGAGAUCGCUUGUGCCGGCAGCCUGGUGGAAGAGGUGCCCUGCUGCCCCCUGGUGGCGUCCUUGACCACGGACAUGACCACCGUGCCGCUGCUGCCUCACAGCCAGGGGGGUCCCGCCCCACAGCCCGUGGUGCUGCAGCAGCCUUGUGCCACGCCCAUGCAGCCGUCGGUUGGUGGGGCAAAGCAGUCCUCACUGCCUCAAAGCCCUGCCCAGGUAUCGCAGAUCUCUACGCCCGGUCCCGCCCCCCUGCAGCAGCCAGGGAUGGGCGAGUCGGAUGGGGAGGGGCCUCCCAGGGCGGGGCUGGUCGACAGCACCAUCAAGACGCUGGAUGAGAAACUGCGCAAUUUACUGUACCAGGAGUAUGUGCCGUUGUACCCGUCUGGCAGCACAGCAGGGACCCCCGGGGAAUACAUCUACUCCCCUGGACCAGGCGGGGCAGGGGCGGGCUCUGAACGCCACACCCAUGGCCCAUUGGGGGAGGGGUUCCCCAGGAAAGGGGACCAAUUGCCUCAGAUACCGGAGAGACAGGGUAGUCUCAGCUCGCUCAGUGACUCUGUGAUCAGUGCUUCAGUAAGAGGAGCCUCCAAGAGUCACAUGGUUCCACAUUCUGUGUCCUGCUCUGGGGCCAAGAGUCGAUUUAAGUUCAUCCCCGGUCCCCCAGACAUCACUAGAACGCUGGAACGAAAGCAGAGAAGCUGGAGCACUUAUGACUCUCCGGCGUCCCCCACUGCCGCAGGCUGGGAGAGGGAGGUCAUGCCCAUGACCACUAUUGGUCGGUUCAGCGUGGUGAGCAGCAGAGACGAGUUCGCUGUGAGAACCCGCAGCAACACCUUUUCCGCCGCUCCUGGCUUCUGCCUGGGUGCGCCCCCGUCCGCCCCCAAAUUCGCCUCCGUCCCGCGUGCACACACCUGCAGCCCCGUGGACCCCAGGAGACGCAGCCGCCGCCUCUCAACCGACUCUGGCGAGGAGAGCAGCCCCAUCCGACUGCCUCCUGCCCCGCCCAGCCACGCCCACGUGCAAGCCCGCCGCAGGAGCAGGGAUCUGAUGAAGAAGGCGGUGGCCUUUCUGCGUCGGUCAGGCCGCAGCAGCAGCGUGCAGAGCUCUGACUCACCCAGCCGCCUGGACGCAAGCCCCGCCCACCUCCCCUCACUCCACGCCCACUACCUCUACGUCAGCAGUGACAACGACUCCGAGAUUGAGGAUGCAGACAUUAAGAAGGAGCUGCAGAGGCUCAGGGAGAAGCAUUUGAAGGAGAUCUCUGAGCUGCAGGCUCACCACAGAAGGGAAAUUGAGGUGCUCUACAGCAAGCUGGGCAAACCCCUCCCUCCCAGUGUUGGCCUCAGUCACACAGCACCCCCUGCUGGCCGCAGGCGCAGAGCCAGCAAGCACAGACUGAAGCCUGGGAAAAUCCUCAGUCCACUGGUACAGCAGCUGAAGAGCGCAACCACUAAAACCAGUGAGCCUGCAGCGAGCUCAACUGAUUCACCAGUAAAAGGCAUGGGUGUGACAGGCGGCUCUACCCCCUCCAGCGCCCAGACUCUACCUCCCUCAGCACCAGAGCCGGUCCAGAAGCAGCCAUGCUCACUCAAGGGCUCGCUGUCCUCCGACAACAUCUACACCAGGUCCCAGAGCCAGGGCCAGGGCCAAGGUUGGACGCCUACCCACCCAGCCUCAGAGAGAGUGACCUAUAAACCCAGCAGCAAAUCACGCGCUCGAUUCUUGAGUGGGCCUGUUUCUCUCUCCAUCUGGUCAACUCUACGGCGCCUCUGUGUGGGUAAAGACCGCGGCAACCGAUCGUCUCAUAGCAGUGGGAUGUCCAGUCAGCAGCAGCCUGUGGUAUCUACACCCCCUCCACAUCAGCCAGUCUCAGGGCUUGCCCAGGCACAGGCUAACAACAGUAACAACAAGACGGGCACCUUCACAGACGACCUUCACAAACUGGUGGAUGACUGGGCCAAAGAGACACUGGGGGCUGCAUUGGUCAAACCUGCCUUGAGUCCAGCCAGGUCUGGCCCCAGUCCAACCACUCCUGCUGCCAGUCUGACUAGGGCUGCCUUCAGUCCAUCCGGGGCUACCCUCAGUCCAGCCAGGUCUGCCCCCAAUUUGACUAGAGCCACCUUCAGUCCAGUCAGGUUGCAAUGGCUCUGGGACAGAGGAGAUGAGACAACCACACUGAUCAGUGCCACAGAGGUGAACUUCACCAGCCCCCAGCUGCCCCUCUCGUGCCCGCUGUCGGCUGCACUGGUACCUGCCCUGCCGCCCGCCCUCAGCUGCACACCCGCUCUGAGUGUCCUGCCCAGCUGCAUGGUACCCGCUGGCCCUGCUGCAGUGCAGUCUGUGCCUCUGUAUGCAGCACCGUGGCCUGGUACAGCCCGCCCUCUGGCUCCAGGCACGGUGCUGCUCCCUUCCGUGCCACUGCAAGGUCCCGUCAACCGUGACACGCAGCACACCUAGCGGAGUUCACACCUGCGUGCGUGUGUAAAUAACACAUGCGUGGAUCUAACCCACGUGUACAUAACCCAUGUGCGUGUAUAUAGCCAGUAUGUGUGGAGACAACCAGUGUGUGUAUAGAUAACCAGUGUGAGUGCAGCUGACAUGAGUGCAUGUACAUACCCCAUGCGCUCAGUCUGUGAGCAAACGUCCAUACUGUACUGUCCAUUCAUGCAGUCACUGUGAAACAUUUCCACUGAUAUUUACUAUUCACAUUUGUUUUAGGACACAGGAAUUUUGAACCUAAAACACUAAUGUUAAAUGCUCAUAUUUAAAGAAAAAAAAAAACAGUUCCGCUUGUAAUUAUAUUCGAAGGUUUAGCAGAAGUUGUCCCAGUGCUUUAGAUGCAGCACCCUGUAAGAGUAAAAGAGCCUUUGACAAAGCUCUCCAGUCAUCGUGGAGUGGCAUGGGCUCUUUUGAAAGGUCUUACUCUAUUGGAUCCAGUAGCGUUUUACUUUUACUGCGCUGAAAAGAGCUCAGGUUCCAGCAGUCUCCUGUCUGAAUGUGCUGUCCGUGGCCACAUCAUGCUGCUGUCCGGGCGUUCCAGCCACAGCUGUAAGGGUCCACCUCCAGAGAGAGCUUCAGACUGUGGUGUUUCUAAGGAGACCUCUAUUUCUACCUUCAUCCUGUCAAUCAAAUGUAUGGCUUGUCACUAAAAUGCAGGACAUCAGUUUUAAGACAGGGGAGGGUGUAACCUAAUCUGAGUUACAUGAGGUCAGUGUCACUGGGACCUGAGGUUUUCAAGGUAAGGUUUAAGUGCAAUUUCAAUGCCUCACAAUGCUUGUAAAUACUGAUCUGAAAAUGGAGUCCUUGGAGAGUAUGAUGAAUUCAGGUGCAGAGCCUUAAUAAAAGUGUACAUCAGGAUCUUGGUUUCUCUGCUGUGCUCAAAAGUCACACAGUAUAAACCAGCUUACACCAGUGUGGAUCCAUUUCAUUUUUUAGAAGAGCAAUUAUAACAAGCUACAAAUUAUAACAAGCUCCUUUGUGUUUUGGGGGAGAAAAGGCAGCUUUAUCAUCUUAAUAUAGAUGACGUCCCUCAGAGCAACCAGGCGCAGAUUAAAGUGACCAUUCAUAGAUGUAGUCCCUGAAAGUGACUGGUCAUAGCUGUGGUUAUAUACAGCUGCUGGUCAAAGCUGUGGUCAUUUACAGUGAGUGGUCAUGGCUGUAGUCACUGUCAGAAUGGCCUUUCAUUACUGUGGUCACUCAUGGUGGCCGGUCAUAUCUGUGGUCACUCACAGUAACUAGUCAUAGCUGCAGUCUGCCUUCACUGGUUGGAGGAGCCAGCAGAGGUGAGACUUGCUUUGAACUGGCAUGUUCCACAUCACGUGAUUGACAUGAGCAAACACAUAAUCCAAUACAGCCAUAGAGGAAAAUCUGCCAUCAGUAUCAGUGCUGCUGGUGGUGCUUCUGCCCAUGCUUUUGAUCAGAAUAAAGCAGAGAUCUGACAGGCCCUUGGGGUCUGGUUCAAGUGGCUAUGGCACAAGAGAUGAAACCCAAUUUCUUGACCUGCACUGUUUCAUUAGUGUAGUUGCUGUGUGUACACUAAUAUCUGCUAAAUUGUGUACAAACAAGUUUUUUUUCAGUGUUUCAAUUUUUCAUUGUAGCGAAAAAACUAAACAGGAAAAAAAUAGUUCACUUUGUUGAGGAAAGUGGCACAAUAUUAUUAUCUUUUAACUAUUAAAGCAAAAAUCUGCACCUGGGAAAAACUGAUCAACUGUGAAUUUGACAGAAACUUAAAGAGGACUAGCAAACACACAAAACCUCGCUAUAUGAAACCUUACUAUAUGAAUGGCACAUGUAGAGGUCAAAUAUUGUUUAUUUCCACAAUAUUUUCUGCCACAUGCAAGGAGGCAGUGGUGCCCUAUCAGCUGUGCUGUGAAUUCAGUUCAUUACUAAUUAUCAGUUAUUAAUAACUAGUAAUUAAUUAUUUGCUCCUGUCCUUCCCUCAAGUGUAUAUUAUUCCAUCAAUUCGGUUUGAAUUGAACUUUUAUAGAAUAUUAUGCAGAAUAUUCUGCUUUAGCAAAAUACUUCCAGUUCAAGGAGGCCUCUGUUAUCUUGUAUCUACUAUGGUACUCUAUUGUAUGUCCAUCUGUAUGCCUGAGUUUGUCUCUACAUCCAUCUGUAGGCCAAAGUUUGCCUAUAUGUCCAUCUGUAUGCCCAGGUCUAUCUGUCCAUCUGUUUGCCCAGGACUGUAUGUCCAUCUUUACUCCUGAGUCUGUAUUUUUUUCUGUAACCUUGGGUCUGUAACAUGAGUAAACAUGGAAGCAGCGGCCAGGGAAUCUUAUGCCUGCUCUAAAGCUCUUUGUGCGAUUGCUUCUGCCUUUUCUCCUUCUAGAUCUCCUGGCCUGGUCAGCAGC